UGGAGGUCUGCUAGCUGCCUGCUAAAUCUUAGAUAUAUAAAUAUACGAUGACAAAGCUAAUAUAUGCAGCAGAUCCAAGAUCCUUACUGGAAGUUUGAGAAGAGAACAAGAAGCUGGACCGAUCACCAAUGUCGACUAAGCCAAGGUUGGAGGGCAAGGUUGCAAUCAUCACAGGUGCAGCAAGUGGAAUUGGCGAGGAGGCUGUCAGAUUAUUCGCCGAGAAUGGUGCUUUUGUGGUUGUUGCUGAUGUUCAAGACGAACUGGGUAAUCAAGUUGCAGCAUCAAUAGGCCAAGACAGAGUGAGUUACCGCCAUUGCGAUGUAAGAGACGAGAAGCAAGUUGAGGAAACAGUGAGUUACACCUUGGAAAAAUAUGGCAGCCUGGAUGUUUUGUUCAGUAACGCUGGAAUUAUAGGCCCUAAAACUGGCAUCCUGGAGCUUGACAUCAAUGGCUUCGACGACACCAUGGCCACAAACGUUCGUGGGGUGGCUGCAACAAUCAAACACGCAGCUCGUGCCAUGGUGGGCAGAAACAUACGCGGAUCCAUCAUAUGCACUACGAGCGUGGCUGCCUCGCUCGGGGGAGCCGGCCCACAUGCAUAUACAGUAUCGAAACAUGCCCUCGUUGGUCUUGUCCGGGCGGCCUGCAGCGAGCUUGGGGCUUCAGGGAUCAGAGUCAACUGCAUUUCCCCGUUUGGAAUUGCAACACCUCUUUCGUGUAUGGCUUACAAUCUGCAGCCGGAUGAGGUAGAAGCCAACAGCUGUGAUGCAGCCAACUUGAAGGGCAUUGUUUUGAAGGCAAGGCACGUUGCUGAGGCUGCUUUGUUUCUUGCUUCUGAUGAAUCUGCUUACAUCAGUGGCCACAACUUGAGCUUGGAUGGAGGAUUCACUGUGGUUAAUCAACGUUUUUCAGCGAUCUAAAAAAACCUGGAGGGUUUUUGCAAGGAGCCAACAUUUAAUUAUAUUGUAUGAAUAUUGGCUAGCUAGCUCUGAUUGUUUUAUUUUUUAUUUUUCAUCUUCCUUGUAAAAUUGAAAUGAUUUUACUUUUCGAAGUCAAACCUUAUUACCGG